AUGUACAUAUGACGUCCCCUCCCGCACCCAUUCACUUUUCCUGCAACCGACCCUCACAAUACACGAGGUCUUUGCGACCUCGAUUUCCACACAACUUUCCCACUCGAUCCCUUCUUUCUUCCUCUGAGAAAUCCCCCGUUAGUGCCAAAAUGGUUCUCCCAAAGAGCAAGAACAGUGUGGGGCUGGGCAACAGCCUCAUGAAUGACCGGUUCGGACGAGGCAAAGGUACAGAUCGGAAGAAAGUGUCUCAGCAGGGAGUCGUGAGGACAGAUCACACAACAGGCCAAACCUAUGUAACAAAUGCUGCAAAGGAAGCAUCGUGGGUCAAAAUGCGCAGCGUGACCGAACAAGGUGCCCUCGACGAGUUUCUUUCGACCGCGGAACUGGCUGGCACUGAUUUCACUGCGGAGAAGAUGAACAAUGUCAAAAUCAUACACUCGGACCAAAGAAAUCCUUAUCUGUUGAGUGCGGCGGAGGAGAGGGGUGCGAGGAGGAAACAUGCUCAGAACAAGGGAAGAUUAACAGUGCCCAGAAGGCCGAAAUGGGACGAGUCAACGACGCCCCGUCAGUUGGACGAACAGGAAAGAGCGAGUCUGCUGGAAUGGAGGCGGGGCCUUGCCGAACUUCAAGAGAAUGACGACUUGCUUAUGACACCUUUCGAGAGGAAUAUUGAAGUAUGGCGACAACUGUGGCGAGUGAUCGAACGAUCCGAUCUGGUGGUGCAGAUUGUGGAUGCCCGAAAUCCGCUCCUAUUCCGGAGCGAAGACCUAGAGAAAUACGUCAAGGAAGUUGAUGCGAAGAAAAGGAACCUUUUGCUGGUCAACAAGGCGGACAUGAUGACCGAAGAGCAAAGAAGAACAUGGGCGGACUAUUUCUACGAGCAAGGUAUCAAUUACAAGUUUUUCUCUGCCCAUCUGGCUAAGGAGAUGAACGAGGGAAGAGAUGCCCUGGAGGAACUCGAUGCACGGCAAAUCCAGCAGCAGAUCGAUCGCAAUUUGCCGGAGAAGACAAUGGUGAAGAAUGUUCAAGAUCUAAAUUUAAAGGAUGAAGAAGGAGAAGAAGAGGAAUGGACUGACGAAGAGGACGACGACGAAGACUCCGAAGCUGAGGGGUCAGAACCUGAAGAUGGCGAGGUUGGCUCGCUCCCCGAAAAUUCAGCCUCUGCGUCGCCUGACACGCAAAUCCUCACCGUCGACGAGCUCGAAUCCCUCUUCCUCGAAAACAUUCCCAAGGACGCCACGACCGACAGAAAAACUACAAUCGGGCUAGUUGGUUAUCCAAACGUCGGAAAGUCCUCCACCAUCAAUGCUCUCCUCGGCUCGAAAAAGGUGUCCGUCUCCUCCACGCCUGGCAAGACAAAACAUUUCCAAACCAUCCACCUUUCAGACCGCGUUAUCCUCUGCGACUGUCCCGGGUUAGUCUUUCCAAACUUUGCAACCACAAAGGCCGAGUUGGUCUGCAACGGCGUGUUACCGAUCGAUCAAUUGAGAGAGUAUACCGGACCUACCAGCCUCGUUGCGCAACGCAUCCCGCAAGCAUUUCUUGAAAACGUGUACGGAAUGAAGAUUCACACACGCCCGCUCGAAGAAGGUGGAACGGGUGUACCUACGGCAUCGGAAAUGCUGAGAGCGUACGCUCGGGCAAGAGGAUUCGCCACGACAGGACCAGGAAGUCAACCGGACGAGUCACGCGCCGCGAGGUAUAUUUUGAAGGACUACGUGAAUGGGAAAUUGCUGUAUUGUCAUCCUCCGCCAUCGGGCGAUCCGGAAACGGACGUGGAGACCUACGGGAAGGAGUUCAAUGAGAAGUUGUACGACUUCGCGCACUUGCCCGCCAAGAGACAAGCCUGGCUGAUCGCGCAUUCUGAAGAGUCGGUACUCGCCGAUGGAGAGGCGGAAACUGCGUCAACCACAUCCAUGCAGCGUGCACCUGCCCCCGUGGAGAAGGGCGCCAGGGCGAAACGGCUCGACAAGGGCUUCUUCGGUCCGGGGUCCGGCAAUGCAGGACACCUUACCAUGCCCUUCAACCACCAGUACACGGAACAGGGGAAGCAGCAGGUGCAGCAGAAGCAGCUGACGGGCCGCAAGGCGAAGACGAUGGCGGCGCUGGAGAAGGACAUUGACCCGGCGGAAAUGAAGAUGAACGGCAGCAAAAAGCACUUUAAGGGCGCGCGGAGGAAAGCCAGGACCGUGAGGGCCGGGGAAGAAGACGACUGAUUCAUUGAUUGAACCGAGGCCUCGGGUAAUGGAUAUAAUGAGAUUUUACGUGAGGCCAGGAGAAAUGGCUUCCCUGGCGGGACUGACAAGUCUGGAAAAAAUGUGACCUGUUUUCCCUACAACAUGUUCGCUUGUACCGUUCGUGUCUUUCGACAGGU